CGAUCGUUCUUUUUCUUUUUUUGCUUGUCACCUGGAUGAUUUCAGAAAUAGGAUUUCGUGUUAGGUCUUUAUUCUGUGAUUGGUGAUUUGGUGUUCCAAGGUGGAUUGUGAUGGAUUCAACUUCGAGUCAGUCCGAAUUCGAUUACAUGUUUAAGCUGUUGAUGAUUGGGGACUCCGGGGUUGGGAAGAGUAGUCUGCUCCUAUGUUUCACUAUUGAUACCUUUGAAGAUCUCACCCCCACAAUCGGUGUUGAUUUUAAGGUCAAGCAUGUGACUUUAGGCGGUAAAAAGCUGAAGCUUGCCAUUUGGGAUACAGCCGGUCAAGAGAGAUUCAGAACACUAACAAGUUCUUACUACCGAGGGGCACAGGGGAUCAUCAUGGUUUAUGAUGUAACUCGACGAGAAACAUUUACUAAUUUAUCUGAAAUAUGGGCAAAGGAAAUAGAUCUUUAUUCAACAAAUCAGGACUGCAUCAAGAUGCUUGUUGGGAACAAAGUGGAUAAGGAGGGUGAUCGAGUUGUAUCUAAGGAAGAGGGAAUAGACUUUGCCCGAGAAUACGGAUGCUUAUUUAUUGAAUGCAGUGCUAAAACUCGAAUUAAUGUACAGCAGUGUUUUGAAGAGCUUGUUUUGAAGAUCCUGGAUACGCCUAGUCUCUUAGCUGAGGGCUCCAAGGGGCUCAAAAAGAACAUUUUUAAUGACAACCCUCCUCAAGAUGAUGCAUCCACUAGUAAUUGUUGUUGAUGUUUUUGCACUAGCAGCACAAGGUUACAAGCAAGAUCGACCUAU